AAAAUGGCGGAUACUUUGAACCGGUGGGAAAGCUCAUUUUCAAUUUCAACGUGAUGUUCAGAGUUUUCUUGUUACUGGAUUAUAGUUAAGAAAAGCACGCAGAGAACAGGUUAUCUGAUCAAAAGUUGAGCUUGACUGGCAUCAAGGUUCUCUGUUAAUUGUUGUGAUAACUCCAGGAAAAAGUGGGUCAUUUCAAAUCAAGGCCAGCUCGCUCCAGUAAUCACCGGAAUUUCUGUUGUUCAAGCAUUUGCAUCUCUGGAUUCUUCACCACUGCGGGCAGUGAAGCUGAAGAAAAGACUAAGCUGCCGUGAAGGAUUUAUAACCAAUUGGAUUGAUUAAUUUAUUGACUGAUUAAUUUAUUGACUGUUCUAAAGUAAACAACUGCAGGAAUUGUGAUGGUUACAACAAAACAUAACAUCGUAAGCUUAUGGUUGCCUUUACGAAUCUCUGAGUUUCUUUUAUUGGUUUGUCACUAAGACUUUGCAAUUAAAAAACUGUGAAGAAUUAGACAACGUCCGAGGUUGACGUUAGUUGAUUGUCAGACCAGAAUGCCCAAACCACAGACUCGCGAAAAAUAUUCUGACACAGACUCUGCAGUGACAGAAAACGAUGAAUGUGGAGAAGAAAAUGAAAUUCCUAUAACAUCCCAUGUAGAGGAACCUUGUGAAGAGUCAGAUGGCAAAACCAGCAUCAUCAAGUGGAGUGGUCCUAAUAAGAAAUUUCCCCUGAUCCAUUUUUCUCCUCAUGUGCUUUUGCUGGCCUUGCCCCCAGAAUCAAAAUCUGAAGCAGAAAAGUACCAUUUGACAUACAAGUUUAUGAAGACUGAAUGUAAACUUGUACGAAGCAUCCUGAGUGUCCACUGCUUUAGAGAGGUUCAUCCUAACAGUUCAAACUUUAAUUUGAUGUGGACGGGGUCACAUGUCAAGCCUCAUACUCUGAGAGGCCUUCAAGACUUUCAAAAGAUAAAUCAUUUCCCAAGAUCAUAUGAACUAACCAGGAAGGACAAAUUAUACAAGAAUAUCCAACGAAUGCAACACUCCAAGGGUGUGAAACAUUUUGAUUUUAUUCCUGAAAGCUACAUCAUACCAGAGGAGUUUAAUGAGUUUAAUGCGGCAUUCCUGAAGGAUAGAAAACCAUGGAUUGUAAAACCUGUUGCUUCAUCACGAGGUCGAGGAAUUUAUCUUGUCAAUCAUCCUAGUCAAGUACCUCUUGAUGACAAUCUUUUAGUUUGCAAGUACAUCAGUAACCCACUGCUUGUUGAUGGAUUCAAGUUUGACCUCAGGUUGUACGUUGGUGUGACAUGUUUUGAUCCUGUCAGAGUUUACCUCUAUGAAGAGGGUUUAACAAGAUUUGCCACCGUUAAAUACGACAGAACUGGUAAAAACAUCAAGAAUGUUUGUAUGCAUUUGACAAACUAUAGCGUCAACAAGAAAAAUUCUGACUUUGUUAGGUGUCCUGACCCUGAAGUUGAAGAUUUUGGGAACAAGUGGAGCAUGAGUGCUAUGUUAAGAUAUCUCAAGCAACUUGGAAAAGACACCACAGCUCUGAUGAUGAGAAUAGAAGAUGUAGUGAUAAAGACAAUUUUAGCUGGGGAGUUACACAUUGCAUCUGCCUGUAAAAUGUUUAUGCCUUAUUCAGGAAACUGCUUUGAAAUAUACGGCUUUGACAUUCUAGUCGAUGAAAAUCUGCGUCCUUGGUUGUUGGAGGUUAACUUAUCUCCCUCACUUGCUUGUGACUCUCCUUUGGACCUGAAGAUCAAAUCUCAUCUGGUGUCCGACAUGUUUAAUUUAAUUGGUUUUGUGGCUCAUGAUCCGAUGGUUCGUAAGCUUCCUACCCGACGUUUUGUGGAUUAUCCACAGAAGAACCGAUAUCAGAGGCAGCGAUCAGCCACAGCCGGUGGAAUCGUCACUUCAAACUCCAGACCAUUGUCUUCAAUGACAAGGAAAAAGACUGAUGAUGGUUUGACAGGAGAGGAGAUUAGGAUAUUACGUCACACCAGAGAUGAAUUCUCAAGGAGGGGAGGGUUUGUACGAGUCUUUCCCUCCCCAGACUCCUGGGAGCUCUACGGGUCAUUUCUGGAGCAUCGAACAACUCACAAUCAUAUGUUGCACUCUAAACUGUUUCCUGGAAGAAAACCUUCUUUUCAAAGGCUAAGCACAGCCAGCUUUUCGUCAGCAGGCGCGCGAGCGAGGAGUAUUACGUCUUACGGAGCAUCGCAAUCUAAAGUUAAUCUAGUAGUUGAACCGGCAGAGAUGUCUGAUACUGUCUGCGUUGGAAUCAAGGAGAGAAUUGUUUGCUACGAGAGGAAACUAGACAGCUGGAGUCCCUCUCUCCUUCGGACGAAAAAAACUCUGGGCACCACAACUCCAAGUGCAGGCACCCCUAGUGCAAGCCAAGACACAUCGCAAGCACCUCGUGCCAAGUCCAUCUCUUCCCGAUUGAGCCCCGAUGGACAAGUGGUGACGAAUCACAUGGAGGAGAAGUCGGCCUCUCAUCCCGAAGGACUAAAGCCCAUAUUGGAUUCAGAAACACAGGCGCCAUAUCGAUUAUCCUCGGCUGGCCCCCAUCCAAGGGCCCUCCAAGAAGCCACACGGGCGCAGAAGCCACCUGUGCCGAUCAGCGGCGAAACAGUGUCAAAGCGUGUGCUGUCUGCGCAACCACGAUACCAGCCAAUUAAAGUGGAUGACAUCAUGGCAAAGGCCGGCACACUCACGAAACUUCAAGCGAGGCAAGCAUUCGCUAUGUAUCUACAGCGAGUCCAGCAAAGACUGGUUCAUGAUACCAGUUAUGAUUCAGAGGAUUCUCGAGACAGCACAGACCCCAAACAAGACGAUCAAAUGAACUUGGUGAUUCGUUUUCUGAAGAAAGCGGCGAGCAAUUUACAACAGCCAUUCAAGGUGGUUGUACCGAGCCAUAAGCUGCCAUUACACGACAGACGAAGAAUUCUUGCCAAACAGCUGGGAGACUUUGUUCGUGUUUAUGGAAAGGAAACUAUGCAAAUUCAGAAGCGGCAGGAGAUUAACCGCACAUACGGGCUUUCAAGGAGCAACUCGUUCAUGGGUGAAAUCCCGGAUGAGGAGUUCAAGGUUUUUAUGGCCAUUGCAAGCGAGACAGAGUUGGAAGAUCUUUUAACUACGUACACCAGGCUCAACAAGAACGCCAGCGUGUUCUUAGGUGGUCGACCAGAAAGGAGCUCGGAGGAGAGCACUACCAAAGUGCCAAACGACUCAGUACUGUCUAGGAGAAAAGAAGGGGACAGGCACCCCCGGAGCACAAACCCCAUUCCUGAUGACGAAAUGAAGCCCACGGAAGACCUUAGUAGCACAGGCCCUACAGUGAUUGAUCGACAUGCAAGGGCGCUGACAGCUGUCUCUGCCUAUGGCGCCUCAGUGGCUCUAAACAAGACCAGGCAACGCCCGGUGUCAGCCAAGAUAGCAAGUUCACAAGGAACUGAUAGAAUUCACCGCGUUGGUCGCCCAGUAUCGGCGAAGCCUCACUCACGUGAUAUGACGAGAACAGCUGAUGACCUCGGGGACACCCGGAGCAUGGAUGGCGCUCACAGUGGUCGCCUGAGUCGUAUCUCAUCGGCCCCAGUCCGCCGCGACAGCCGAGGCGCUGACAGUGAAUUCAGAGGCCACAGCUUGGCUGAUGAACACGCAGUCGCCGCUGCUCUUCAGCGGUUAGCCAAACGACAGGCUGCGCGGCAGUAUUCUGCUUUCAACACCAGCGGUCAUCAGGGACAAAACUGGGAUGAGCUGUUUAAGAAAAUGGAUUUCAAUCGGGAGAAGGAAGCUGCUGUUACUCACAACGAGGACGAAUUCAUUAGCGUCGGAGACGAGUUCACGGAUCCCUGGUCGCUUGGUGUUGGAAAAGCUCCGCGCUCGGCUCACAAAUCACGUGACCGUCACGCAAGCGCAAACGCUACGUUUGAAACUUUUGUGAAUCACGAUCAACGCCCUGUAAGCAGUCAUAGUCACGUGGGCUGGUUCGAUAGUACCGCUGACCAAGGUCGUUCUAUUACCGCGGGCGCUCGCUCGUCUGAAGAGAAAUCGAUUCACGUUGAUUUGAAAAAGGAAUACAGUGGAGCACAGGAAAUGCCGAGAGAAGAGAAAACAGCAGUUGGAGAAACUGCUAAAAGUUCAUCUGUGUCAAGGGAGGAGUACAACAGACAAAUGAAACUCAUAAGUCAGAAGCUUUCCGAAGAGAAGGUUCGCCUGCAGAAGCAGUUACAGCAGUAUCCUCGCCUACCACGCCCACCACCUGCUCGGCCGAGCCCGGGCGCCAGAAAGGUUGUUAGCCAUAAUAGAAUGAUAAGGUUGGCUGCGUCCAAUCCCCCGCCAGUUUUUGACGUCAUUACCGGCAUGACAGACCUACCGAACGACGAUUCUCUGUGACAGCGGUAUUCCUCACCCGACGCUUCUGUUUCGAAAUCGUUUGCAGUGUUUCCACGUUGUCACAAGUCAUCAGUUGCUUAAAACAGAAUAGAUUUUUUAACAUGAAGGAAGCCAAGCAGAGUGGAUGCAUUCUUUUUUUAUUUAUUUGUUCGCACAGGAGAUAUUUUCGCACAUAGAACUGUUUUGAUAGCGAAUUACUGUGAUUUUUGUAUGUCAAUACAAAGUUGUACAAAAUUAAAACUGGACACUUUUACUUGGA